AUGUUCGCGGAUAGAUCGAAGCUCGCUAACAACCCCUGGCAGGGCGAGGCCGGGUGCACUCGCGUUGCUUUGGAUUGUGUGUUCGAGAGACUGGCGCCGCGCGAGCUGCUGUGCUGCGGCGGCGUGUGUCGCGCGUGGCGGUGCGCGGCCCGCGCGGGCCCGCUGUGGCGCCGCGCGCUGCUGCCGCGCGCCGGGCCGCGCCUCCUGCGCGCGCUCGCCGACACCGCGCGCGCUAACCGCGACACACUUGUCCCGCCCGAUGCUCGACCCGAUUGCUCGAAGCAAUCAUGGGCGUCAUGGAACUGGGUAUACGAGGGUAUGCUGUCAAUGGCCCGGUGGGAACGCAGCGAGAGCCUCGCGCCCGCUGCCGGCGCCCCGCUCGUGCACAUGGCCCUCGACUCCAGCGACACACGCCUCGCUAUUCUAGCCGAAGACGGACACCUAUCGAUUUGGGCGCGCAGUAGCGCGGGAGAGAUGGGGCAUUGGCGCGAGCACUGGAGUGGCGUGGCGAGCGCGGAGUGGCGCGAGGCGUGCAGCGUGCAGUGGGCCCCGCGCGCGCCGCGUCUGCUAGCCGCCGGCGCCAUGCUGCUGGCCGACCGCUGGGAAGUUCUCGUGUUCGACGUCGACGAUUUUCGUGGAAAAAUAAUAUGUAGAGCCGCCUGCUCUGCGGGCACGUCCUGCUGCUGGAUGGACGACGACAGCUUCUUGACGCUGCGCGUGCAGCUGCUCGGGCCGGGCCAGGCGUGCACCACGGUGUGGCUUAAUGCCGCUGCGCAAGAGACGUACUCCGAACACGCUGGAGUUGUAAUGCCUCUGCUACGAAUUUAUAAUGAAGCUGCCGCUAACAUCACACAUAUUCUUAUUGCAGAUGCUCCUUUUAAUCUUGACGAAAAAUAUGCGUCAGUAGAAGAAGAAAAUAUGGAAGAAGGCGAGUGCGAAGACAAUAUGCCUCAAGCGGCUUACUUUCGCUGCCUUCGUAAAGAUGAUCGCAGUCAGUCAGUGAGAAUGCUGAUAGCGGCGGGCGGGUGUCCAGGCGGGGUGCCCGGGCAGGCGCGGGCGCUGCGCGGCUGGAGCGUGCCGGCGCAGCUGCGCGUGCCGCCCAUCCGCGUGCGCGAGGAGCUGCGCGAGCGCGUGCGGCUGCGGCGGGAGCGCGCCGACUCGCCGCCGCAGGACCUGCCCGAGGCCGCCGUGCGCGCGCUCUGCACGCCACCCGCCGCCCUCUGCCCGCUCGCAGGGACCGUGUUGGGGAUCGUCUCUCACCCCACGGGUGCCUGCGUGUGGGUGAGCAGCACGGCUGGGCUGACGUGCGUGUCGCUGCCGGCACUGCGCCGCGUGCUGCACCUCCCCGUGCCGCGCCGCGCCGCGCCGCUCUACCGCGUGCAACCCGCCGUUAGCGAUGACUACAUUGCAGCACCCUUGGGUGACGGCAGCGAUGAGGUGUGCGUGUGGACAGCGCGCGCGGCGCAGCGCGUGGCGCGCGGGCUGCAGCACGGCCGCUCCGGCUGCGCCCUGCUGGCGCUGCUGCCCGCGCCCGCCGCCGCCGACGCGCUGCGCGAGCUGCUCGCCCUCACCAGUGACGCUGUUCAUGUAUGGCGCAGCUGGGUACCAGAAGUGGAGGAUAUCGAGCCCUGUGAAAUAAUUAAUUUAGAGUAA